AGAACACAGGGGUAAACCCUUUCCAUCCUCUGCAAUGAUGACUUCACUCAAGUGCCUCCAGAGAAAUCACAUGAUGAAGAAGUGUUUGUCUCUCAGACACUGAAGAGUUCUUUCCUACUCAGGUUAAAAUGGAAGCACCUGACCACAAUUCCAAUUAUAUUGAUGAAGGAAUUUCUGGAAUUUCUGCACCUGAAACUCCUAACAACGAUGUCGGAAGUCAUCAUGGGGAGAAAGAAGGAAACAAUUUUAUGGAUGGUACUGGCUGUGAUGAUGGAAUUUCUGCUCUGGCAUCCAGAAGUCUUUAUGAUGACUCGAUGGUCCUUGAGCCUUUGGAAACAGUAACAAAUGUGAAGAUUGAUGUCAGGAUACCUAACAAAUCUACUGGUCCCUGUCUGUUGAACACAGAAGGAAAGAGCUCAGAAGGAAAAGAAUUUAGUUGUGAUAAGGUCACUAAAGACGAUCAGGAGAUUAGAAACGCUAUACGAGCAGCAGAACUUAGGCUACGAGCUACAGAGAGCCCAGUCAGAAGGGAGCUGUUUCAUUCUAGCAUUCAAUCUUCAAGUGGUUUGUCACAUUCUGAUGAAGAAGUUAUAUGUCUGUCAGACACCGAAGAGUUCUUUCCUACUCAGAUUAAAAUGGAAUCACCUGACCACAAUUCCGAUUAUUUUGAUGAAGGAAUUUCUGCACCUGAAACUCCUAACUACAAUGUCGGCAGUCAUCAUGGGGAGAAAGAAGGAAAAAAUUUUUAUGGAAUUUCUUCUCUGGGGCCUGGCAAUCCUCAUAAUGAUUCUGUGGACCACGAGGGUUCUGAAAUGCGAAUGAGCUUGAACGUUGCCAAAAAACAGCCAAAUAAAUCUAUUGGUGAGAUUCAUUUCAAGUAG